AUACCCAUUUCAUCCCCAGAGCAUAGAGCAUUCCUUCAGCAAUUUGCGAAUAUAUUUCUUCAUACUCAAGCACCUCGGGCGCCAGUACAACGAAGAUGCCAUCAUGCCAUUCUCGAUUCUGACCAUCCCAAGCCGUGCUAUCGUUACGAGUCGUCCUCCUCCGCCUUUUUACAACCUGCCUUUAGAGAUCCGAUUGAAGAUCCUCCACUGGGCAAUAAUCGCGCAUGCGUUUAUACACCAGGAAUGGAUGGGUGAUACCCCCUACAAUUCCUCCUGGGCCUUUCCUAAAGGGAAGAUCGACUUAGAGCCAGCAUAUCCCCCAUGGCUCCCCGAUACCCGAGUGAGGUGCGCGGAACACUGGGGGACGAAACGCAUGCACAUGAUUUUCCCAGUCUGCCGCCAGUGGUACGAUGAGAUACAAGUGGCGUUCUAUUCUAUGUUCAGGUUUCAUCUACAUUACACUGAGGUUAUUGAAACGUGGAAACCACAUGCCUUCGCAUUUCUGCCACGACAAGCACUCCCCCUCAUUCGAGAUUUAGACCUCGAAAUAUGGGAGGAUUGGACCCGGCUCGUUAUCGGAAAUAGACAGGCAGAUCGAAUCCGGAGCUAUGAAAAUAUAGCUGCUUCCCUGCCUGGUCUGGCGAAAAUGAAGCUUACCUUCUGUUAUUGGUCAUGCAGCCCCUGGCCCUACGGUUUGGAGGAUGUUACUCCAGAAAUAGAAGCGAAAGUCCGCGACACGAUUGUUGCCAUGUGCCGUCCUUUCAAACGCAUCCCUAGUUUUAGGAUGGAACAGCACUAUUUGCGUGGACGUGAAGGUCCUACGGCUUAUUCGUUAUAUCAACAGCUGAUCCUCGAGACGAUUGAGGUUGUGGAGGAGCAGAUGAAGUUAGAGAAGCAGGACAAGUCGGGCGGUUAUCUCCCUCAACAGGGGCAAGAGAUCACCGGUACCUCGACUUAGGAAUUGUUAUCACAGCGUGGGUGCAAUCAAUGACCAUCUGAUGUUUCGGGAAGACUAGACGGCCUUCAAAUCCUCGAGGAUGCGUUCUAGGGAAGGCGCGGGGAAAUUGGAUAGGGAAGGACAAGUGAAUAGAAAGUUUGUUUGGACGGUGUUGACAUUGGGGAGUUUCUGUUGAUUCUUCUUAUCCUGGUGGUAUUAUGUCUAUAGAGGGCGUGAUGAGGUGUGCC